AUGGAAGAAAAGUCAACCGAGCAUGAUCAGAAUCUGAGGUUCGGAGAUAGUUUAAAUGAACAAAUUAGUAAGGUUCAUUAUUGGCUUAUGAAAGCUGAGCCUGAAUCACGAAUUGUCAAGGGAAUAGACGUCAAGUUUAGCAUUGACGAUUUAGCAAACAUGCCUAACGGCGUUUCUCAAUGGGAUGGUGUAAGAAAUUAUGAAGCGCGUAAUAAUAUGAAAAACGGGAUGAAAAUCAAAGAUAAAGUAAUAACAUGUUACAUUGGUAUCUCUAAAAUUUUGAAGAUUUCAGCAUUUAAUAUGUAUAAAUUACAGGUGUUAUUUUAUCAUUCCAAUUGCAAGACACCUGGAAUAGCGGGAUUAGCAGAGAUAGUGAAGGAGGCUUAUCCAGAUUAUACUGCUUUUGAUGAAUCCCAUCCAUAUUAUGAUCCAAAGUCAAAUAAGGACAAUCCAAAAUGGUUUAUGGUUGAUGUUAAAUUUGUUCGUAAGUUCAACCGUUUAAUUACACUUAAGGAAUUGCAAGCUCAUAAGGACGAUGGAUUGAAAGGUAUGGCACUAUUGAGCCGUGGACGUUUAUCUAUACAACCCGUGAAGAAAGAGCAUUAUGAUUUUAUUUUAGAAUUAGAAAAGAAAAUAUGA